AAGUAACAGUUUUGAAAAUGCCAAAAUAACAUCCUACUGUAUUUUGUCACAACACCAGUUGAUUGAUUGAUUUGCUGCUAAGUUGCAUCCACAAUGUUGAUGUUUUGCCCGAGCUGCGGCAAUAUCUUGAUUGUCGAGGAAGGUCCGGAAUGCAUGCGAUUCGCGUGUAAUACUUGUCCGUACGUUCACAACGUGAAACGAAAGAUCUCGAGCCGCAAGUUCCCCAAACUGAAGGAGCUUGAUGACGUACUGGGAGGGUCGGCUGCUUGGGAGAAUGUUGAUGCUACAGAGGCGGAGUGCCCCAAGUGCCAUCACAUGAAAGCCUUUUUCAUGCAAGUACAGACCCGUUCAGCCGAUGAGCCUAUGACGAUCUUCUACAAGUGCGUUUCCUGUGGACACCGGUGGCGUGAUUGAGCUAGGCGAGUUUCUUGCACGUGCUAAAAGGUGCUGCUUCCCAUUGCUGAAGUUUGCUUCUAUUUGUAGUAAAUUUUGUACCGUGUCAACCCUAUCUGGUGGCGUGACUGAGCAAGACGGUUUUCUUCCACUUGCAAAGGCUCAGCAUGGUCUGUACAAGUUAUGGGAAGUCUGGACACGUAUGAUGUUAUGAAACAAUCAUGUUUUCAAGGACCUGGGUAAGUAUAAUAUCUGGGUUCGGGUUUUGGAAAACGAAGGUUACGACUGUGCCGUCGAGAAAGUGUUGAAACGCGAUGCUUUUGGUCACGCAUCAACAAGCGCUGGCACCUGCCGGGCGUUUUUUCUCUCUCCCAUGCUGCACCGAGGUGUCGUCACGUCAAGCUUCAUGUUGUCAUGUAGCUCAAGUCAGGGUACCGCAGCGCCCAGGUGGUUGCACGGCAUGUGCUGAACUGCAGUAAGUCUUCUACAUCUACGGGCUUCUGUGCUAUAGCCCUUUGAUCAUUGAGUGACAGUUGCUGUGCUGUGCUGGCUAUGGCUGCUAGACUGAGUGACAGUUGCUGUGCUGGCUAUGGCUGGUAGACUGAGUGACAGUUGCUGUGCUGGCUAUGGCUGGUAGACUGAGUGACAGUUGCUGUGCUGUGCUGGCUAUGGCUGGUAGACUGAGUGACAGUUGCUGUGCUGUGCUGGCUAUGGCUGGUAGACUGAGUGACAGUUGCUGUGCUGUGCUGGCUAUGGCUGGUAGACUGAGUGACAGUUGCUGUGCUGCGCUGGCUAUGGCUGGUAGACUGCCUGGUGCCUUCAUACUCGGACACUCUAGAUUUAUUUUCCUCUUUUUUAUUUUUAAAGCGCUUCUGUGUUUUGUUUCUUUUUAUACUCCAACGAAGUGUUCAGAUCAUCUUCUGGCAUGGCCAUUGUCUGCUGUAGCUGUCCUUCGCCUUAGUACUCUAUAGAGUGAGUAUACCUAUGUGUCAUUGUCCGGAAUUCUUUUCGCCUGUUCGGACAGUGUGGUUUCAAAUUGUGUGCGUUGUUUGGCUUGUGUUUGGUCAUGGAGGAGUUUGUAAACGGGUUUGGAUACUUGUACAUGUAUUUGGCGGCGAUUCUCCAGUGCGAAAUCUGUUUUAUUAUUAUUAUUACACCAUCCUCAAGAUCCUUUUUUUUUUUUGUAACAGGCUGUGAGAAAUACUGUA